CGUCGGGGAUAGAUAAUAAACCCAAUUCAAUCGAACUUCCUUCCAAACACCGACUUCCUACGGCCCUUUUCCCCUCGAAACCCCAUUCGAUUUUAUUCCUUCCUUCUCUUUCCCAGAAAAAAAGUAAAAUUCAUUCGGAUAACUGUGGCUUCGGCUUCAGCUUUUUCCUUGCUUGCUUUGCAACCCGAAGUGGUCUUCUUUGGUUGUAUAGACAGUUAGACACAUUGUGGCCAAAUAAGUGAAAGAUAUGGAUAAUGCUCAUGAUCAGCCGCUCCCUCCAGGCGUUCAAUCUUUGCCAAACUAUUCAACUAACCCAGCUCCUUACCCGCCCCCUCAACAUUUUGAUUACGCCGCAAGACCUCAGUAUCACUCUAGCAACACGGGAAAUUAUGUCUUUCCGCUUCCUUAUUCUAAUUCAACCUUUACUCCUGCUACUCAAAGCUCAUAUCCGCAUAAUGGGACAUCAAAUGGUUAUGCUCCUCAAUGGUCAGGUCACAUCCCAAAUAACUUUCAUAAUGGCUAUGCUUCUCAACUGGGUUCAGUACAACAUGGUGCCUACCUCAUUGAGCAGCAACCGCAAAACCAAACUGCAGUCGGGGAAAUGCCUCUGCAUAAGGAUAACCAGAAACCUCAAGAUAUGGGGCAUUUUGAUGGAAAUGAUCAGAAGAACGCUGACUCAGGUUAUCGAGAAUCUAAUUCUCAUUUUUCGCAUGAAGAGUACAAAAGUGCAGUAGAUGUUCCUGAUGCAUCUACUAGCAACUUGGGACUUCAUGUUAAAAAUGACAGUGAGGUUGAAACUGCCGCUCAGGAUGCUGUGUUGCGUGAACAGGAAAUUGUCACCCAAAAUGUCAUACAAAGUCAAAGAGAGGCAAGAGGUGCUGGUGGACCUCCUAAGGAUAAUACAGAUAUUUUCUCUGAACGUCAUGAUCCCAAUGCUCUGAAGGAACAUCUACUGAAGAUGACUUCAGAACAUCGUGCUGAAAUGGCUUCAAAGCGGGGGAAGGCAACCCAUCAUGAAGAAGGUAACAUAGAAAUUGGAAAUGGGUAUGGUGUACCAGGUGGAGGUGCUUAUUAUGGUGCUCAAAAGCCUAAUAUUGAUACCCCCAGUAAGUCAAAAGAAUUGCCUGAUUACCUUAAGCAGAAGUUGAAAGCAAGAGGUAUUCUUAAGGAUGAUACAGAAAAAGGCUCUCCUAAGUUGGAGACUGGUUCAACUCAACUAGUGGAUGAUGGAAAGCUGCCUCUUGGAUGGGUGGAGGCAAAAGACCCUGCUAGUGGUGCUUUAUAUUAUUACAAUGAAACGACUGGGAAGAGUCAGUGGGAAAGACCUGUUGGAGCAUCUGCUGUCACACAGCAUCCAUCACCUUCAUCUCUUCCAGAGAGUUGGGUGGAGUCUUUGGAUGAAACAACAGGCCAUAAAUAUUAUUACAAUACGAGGACCCAUGUGUCGCAAUGGGAGCACCCUGAUUCCUCACGGCAGGUUGCUUCAAAAGAUUAUGACAGCAUGCUCCCCCAGAGUGGUGCUGAUGUGAAUCAGGGCAAUCGAUCAUCUGAGCUAGAGAAGUGCAUGGGAUGUGGUGGCUGGGGAGUAGGCCUUGUACAGAUGUGGGGUUACUGCAAUCAUUGCACACGAGUUCUCAAUCUUCCACAAUGCCAGUACUUGUCAACCAGAUCAAGUGACCAGCAGCAGACCAACAAUUCUGAAAAACCAAGGUCCAAUUGGAAGCCUCCUAUGGGAAAAGGAAGUAAAAGAAGUGGUAGGAAACGUGCUUAUGCUGAUGAUGAUGAGUUGGACCCCAUGGACCCAAGCUCUUAUUCAGAUGCUCCUCGCGGUGGCUGGGUUGUAGGCCUAAAAGGAGUGCAGCCACGAGCAGCUGAUACAACUGCCACGGGUCCUCUCUUUCAACAGCGUCCAUACCCAUCUCCAGGAGCAGUCUUACGAAAAAAUGCUGAAAUUGCUUCACAAACGAAGAAAUCCAGCCCUCACUUUGCAGCUAUAUCCAAGAAAGGGGAUGGAAGUGACGGACUUGGUGAUGCUGAUUGAGAUUUUGGUUGUUGGAGUAACCUUCAGUUUAGGUUAUGCUGUUUCAGCAAGUGGGACAAACAUGUCAUAGUUUUGUCUUGUUUGUCUCUGAUCAAGUAAAGGAUAGCAAUUUCAUCAGCAACUCAAGGUGUUGUCAGUGUAUGAAGCAAUACUUCCUGUAGCUUGCGCUGCAAGUACAAAUGGAUGAUUGGUUGGUUUGCUAAUUGGAAGGACUAAGAGUGUCUCAUCUUGGAAGCUGGGCUCAUUGAUAUCGCUUUAGCAUCUUGGCUUGCAUUGAACAAUCCACAGGUGGAACCAGAAACGUUUCCAUUGGGCGUAGCAUUCUCCCAAAAUAGCCUUGAAAUGGAAAAAGGAUUAGAAAAUUCCAUAUACCUUUUCCUUGAUCUGACACAAUUCGUGGUUUAUCUUCAAAUGAUGGCCGGAGGGUGUUUUAUGAUAUGAAAUUCAAUGGGCAACCUGUAAUCUCUAUUAUUUUUUGAAAUGUGAAGUAGAUAGUGCUAGUGUUCUAAGGUUAUACAUAUAUACGUAUAUAUUUAAAUACCACUAGUUCUAACGCAAAAAGCGACUGAUAUUUGUUUAGGAAAAUUUGUUCAUUCUAAGUUUAGUUAAUUGGAUGUAACUCAACCUUUACUUAACCAAGGAAGAGAAGUUUAAUAACUUAGUAGCUACGGUAAUUCAUAGA